UUGUCAUGAAUAUUUUAAAAGUCUGUUCUGCUGGUGGGAGAAGAACACACAUAGACGGAAAAAGUAAGAAUUGUGGGAGUGUCAGAGAGACCAAUCCAAUCCUCUGCACUCUACCUCGAUUGGGCUUGUCUCAUCUUUUCGAAAUCGGGCAAAUCCAGUAGAAUGGUGACGGAGUUUAUGAUGUGGGUUGAUUCUGUCCAUCACCACAGAAAUGGCUUCCAAUCGGAAAACAAGACCGACAUUUUUAUGGCCAGCAAAAGCCAAAAUGGUGGGAUUGUGGAACUUAGGAAGGAUAUUUUAUGAAGGAUGGUAUUCUUGAAGAUAACACAAGGGACCCACUUGGACUGUGAUUCAUCUCAAUUUCCGCUAUUUUAAUACCCUACCAGUUUGACGCACAAUCUAAAACAACUCUGUACCAAGAAAUCCUCCAUACAGUAUUUACUCUAUUAGCGGAUAAAUCUACAUUCUAAUCAUAUAUAUAUAUAUAUAUAAUACUGUGUCUAAUCACUACUAACUUUUUCAAUUUAGAUUUGAUUUGAUUUUUCUUCAUAUUUUGCAGUUCUUGAGAGAAAAAAGAUUCCAACAGACAAUUCCCCAAGUGAAGGUUGAGGAUGGUGAAGUAAUCGCAUGCGAAAAAGCUACAACUUCACUGAGGAGGCCUGUCCAUUUCUUUUCAGCCUUGCAAGCCGCUGAUGGUCAUUGGCCUGCUGAAAAUGCUGGCCCACUGUUUUUCCUUCCUCCUUUGGUCAUGUGCUUGUAUAUUACAGGACACCUUUCUUCUGUUUUCACUGCAGAGCACCGCAAGGAAAUCCUUCGCUAUAUAUAUUACCAUCAAAAUGAAGAUGGUGGGUGGGGAUUGCAUAUCGAGGGCCAUAGCAUCAUGUUCUGUACAGCUCUUAACUAUAUUUGUAUGCGAAUACUUGGACAAGGACCUGACGGUGGACAAGACAAUGCUUGUGCAAGAGCAAGACAAUGGAUUCUUGAUCAUGGCGGUGUAACGUAUAUUCCUUCGGGGAAGACUUGGCUUUCGAUACUUGGUUUGUUUGAUUGGGCUGGAUGUAACCCGAUGCCUCCUGAAUUUUGGAUUCUUCCAUCAUUUCUUCCCGUGCAUCCAGCUAAAAUGUGGUGCUAUUGCCGGAUGGUUUAUAUGCCCAUGUCAUAUUUAUAUGGCAAAAGGUUUGUCUGUCAAAUCACACCUCUUAUACUGCAAUUGAGGGAAGAGCUUCAUGCUCAACCUUUCAAGGAAAUUAAUUGGAGGAAAGUGCGUCAUCUGUGUGCUAAGGAGGAUCUAUAUUAUCCCCAUCCUUUGAUACAAAAUCUACUCUGGGAUAGUCUAUAUAUCUGUACUGAGCCCCUUCUUACACAUUGGCCCUUUAACAAAUUGGUUAGAGAGAGGGCUCUUCAAGUUACAAUGCAUCAUAUUCACUAUGAAGAUGAGAACAGUCGGUACAUUACAAUUGGAUGUGUAGAAAAGGUGUUAUGCAUGCUUGCUUGUUGGGUAGAAGAUCCAAAUGGUGACUAUUUCAAAAAGCACCUGGCUAGGAUACCUGAUUAUAUGUGGGUUGCUGAAGAUGGAAUGAAAAUGCAGAGUUUUGGUAGUCAAGCGUGGGAUGCUUGUUUUGCCAUACAAGCUUUGCUUGCAAGUAAUCUCAUCGACGAAAUUCCAUUGACACUUGCUAGAGGGCAUGACUUUUUAAAGAAAUCUCAGGUCAAAGAAAAUCCUUCUGGUGAUUUUAAAAGCAUGUGCCGUCACAUUUCUAAAGGAUCAUGGACAUUUUCUGAUCAAGAUCACGGAUGGCAAGUUUCUGACUGCACUGCAGAGGGCUUGAAGUGUUGCUUGUUGUUCUCAUUGAUGCCACCCGAGAUUGUUGGUGAGCAUAUGGAAGCAGAGAGGUUGUAUGAUUCUGUUAAUCUCAUACUUUCUCUACAGUUGCUUAACCCCACUGAAUUUUUCGUGGACAUUGUCAUUGAGCAUGAAUUUGUGGAAUGUACUUCAUCAGCAAUCCAAGCUCUAGUUUUAUUUAAUAAGUUACACCAGGAGCAUAGGAAAAAGGAGAUAGAAAAGUUCAUAGCCAAUGCUGUCAAAUUUCUUGAGGACAUACAAUUGCCUGAUGGUUCAUGGCAUGGAAACUGGGGGGUUUGCUUCACAUAUGGCACAUGGUUUGCCUUGGGAGGACUGACAGCCGCUGGCAAGAGUUACGACAACAGUCCAACUAUACGGAGAGCAGUUGAAUUUUUACUGAGGAAACAGAAUGAGGAUGGUGGCUGGGGAGAGAAUUACCUUUCAUGCCCAAACAAGGAAUAUGUACCUCUUGAGGGAAACCGUUCAAAUUUGGUACAAACUGCAUGGGCAAUGAUGAGUCUGAUUCAUGCUGGACAGGCAGAAAGAGAUCCAACACCUCUUCACUGUGCAGCAAAGCUAAUUAUCAAUUCCCAAAUGGAAAAUGGUGAUUUCCCACAACAGAAUAUGGGAAAAUUUUAAGAGAUAAGGACCAAAACCUCUUGACCAAGUAUUCAUGGAUUAUGGUUCUAGUUUGAUGUUCUCACUACAGACCUCCUAUGGCAUUAAAUGACGGGAGUUUUCUUGGGGAACUGUAUGCUACAUUACGCAGCAUACAGGAAUAUCUACCCAUUAUGGGCUCUAGCAGAAUACUGCAGAAGAUUACCUUCUAAAGCUGAAUAAAAAUGUGACUGCCCUACCAUAGCUUAUACACCUAUAAGCAAGAGCAUAAAAGGUAGAAUUAAGCAAGUUAUUAGUUCGUUUUCUAUAAAUUGUGACAAAAUUGUUUUCUUCCCUUGAUAGUUUUUAGAUGUCUAGGUGGGUGAGUUGCUGUUGUAUACUUUGCCAUGGAUUGAAGUUUAAGAAAGGAAAAGAGAGAAGAAUUAUUUUCCCACUGGGCUUUGUUGUUAAACUUGAUUAUAUAUAUAUAUUCUUUUUCUCA